GCAAAACGAAAGUAACCGGUAUAAAAUACAAAGGUCAUCUAUUGCUAGUGUUAACCGUUUGACGUAAACAAAAUGUAGCAUUAAGGUUGCUCCGUAAAUAUUACAUAACAAAAGUUUUUAUUUAUUUCAAAUAAGUGAAUACAUUGACUGAUAGUUUGCUUUACGACACUUUAUGAGUAAAUAAGUAAUACAUUUUCUGCCCUUAAACUUAAUUAUAGCAUCUAUCGUUUUGACGAUGUUGACAAAUCGGGUUUUAUCGAAAGUAUAUAACCGCCUAACCAUGUCACUCAAUAAUAGCAUUAAUUACACGCCGUCAGGUUCUUUACAAUUUGAUAAUUUAGUAAAUUCACGUAAAUACACUUCAUCUGAGACAGAAGUAGACUAUUCUUCUCCCCAGAAAUUCAUGGAAUCUCUUGGAGUUAAACCUGGGAAAUAUAUUGAAUACGCGCUUGGAGUGACGAAUGUGGAACCUGGUGUGUUUAGAGGUAACAGGAUAUAUGUACACAAUUCAAGAUCUAUAGCUUUUGGUGGUCUCCUACUUGGCCAAGCUGCAAAUGCUGCAUGUCAGACUAUACCACAGAAUCUCUACAUCAACAGUCUCCACAAUUACUUUAUCAAUGCAGGACAGCGAAAACCACUAACUCUCCAGGUUACUAAUGAGCGUGAAGGUAAAUCCUACUGUAACAAAACUGUCUGUGCCACUCAGAAUGAGAAAACUGUAAUAAAAAUGCAAAUUGCAUUCAAAACCAAUGAAGCUGGCAGUAUUGAACACCAAUGGAAAAUGCCAGAGUGUCUUCCGCCUGAAGAACUUCUUCCUAUAAAUAAAAUUUUUGAAGACAAAAUAAGGGAAGAAAAGUAUAAACAUUUGAAAAGCCGUCUUCCGAUAGAUCCUACAGUGGAAUUUCGACCAGUGGAUCCUGAAGAAAUGUUGAGAGUUAAAACCUUACCACCUAAAAGACUAACCUGGGUGAAACAAUUAGAAGAUAUGAGUGAAUUGAAUCAAAAUUGGCACCGGUGUGUUCUUCUAUACAUGUCUGAUUACAUCCUUCUCUCAACUUCGCUCCUACCAAACAAAGAUCCACUUAUGAAAACCUUUGUAGUUUCAUUGGAUCACUCAGUAUGGUUUCACAAUGAUAUUAAUGUUAAUGAAUGGUUGCUUUAUGAUACAGAAAGUUCUUACGCAGGUAAUGGACAGAGUUUCAAUAAUGGACGCUUCUGGUCUAAAGAUGGCACUUUGCUUGCAACAGUUUCUCAGUCUGGCAUAGUCAGACAACUGAAGGAGGCAUCUCUAUAAAGUCACAUCCUUUAUGGAUAUAUAUUUGGAUAACCGUACUUUAACGUGCUGAAGGAACCCCCGAAUUUUGGGGGCUUAAAAUUUGGUAAAACAGUUUUGUAUUCCAUACAUAAGAAACUCAUAUUUUUUAUGCUAAUUUUUAACAAAAAAGGAUUCCUUAUACACGUUAAAAUAUAGUGUAUAGAUUCUCAGUAAUUUGAAAUUAAUUCCUAGAGUACCUUCAUUAGCCAUAAUGGUCCAGAAUAAUUAAGGUUGAUAGAUCUAGGCAAAGUGAAACAAAAUGGUCCUAUGCCAAUCAGAGAGACAGCCUUAAUUAUCUGUAAUAUACUCUAUUUCUCCACACUAACCUUUAAAUAUUCUGCUCUGAGAUUUUACAUAACCAAAUAUCUCUUCACUUGGUAUGAAGCCACAUCAAUACUAUUCCUUAAGUUAAGGACACGUCUUGCAAGUUAGUUGGCAAACUUGCUACUGCCAUGUAAAAAGCACUCUGCACACUUAAGUGGUUGAUGCUAAGAAGGGCAUCCAAAGCAGAUGUUGGAGCACAGUGUAAUCUUUGGACUUGGAUCUUGUUACAUUGUCCAACCCAUGCUGGCAUGGAACAUAGAUGUUAAAUAAUGAUGAAUUAGACAGUGUGUAUGCAUCUGUAUAUAUACAUAUAUACAUAUACACACAUACAUACUGGGCUAUUGAAGAGGUUUAAGUGACUAUCAUCAUCUCCGUUUAACGUCUGUUUUCCAUGCUGGCAUGGGUUGAAUGGUUUGACUGAGGUCUGGAGAGCCAGCAGCUGCACCAGGCUCCAAUCUGUAUGCCCAAGCACUCCGAGUGUAGUGGGUGCUUUUUAUGUGCCAUUAAUAAAGUGUGAGCUUUUUAGCUUAUGAAUCAGCCGCUUGUAUGUAAAAUUCACUCAUUUCUCAAAGAACUGUGAUUUACGGAGAUUUUUGUUGUAAAUUCAACUGAAUAAAAAAAAAUUUUUUUUAAACCCACAAAUGAAAUGAAAGAUUUUAUAAUAAAUGCAAACAUUCUGAACAGUGAUAUUGUAAAUUAAGCUAAUUCAAAGUGAAAUAAAAAUCAAUUUUUGAGUUGCAGAAAACAAAAUUGAAUUUUAAAUUGAAGACAAAACUGAAUAAAGAGGAAAA